AUGGAGAAGGACGAAGACAAGACGAAGGGAAAGACGAACAAAACGGGGGAAGAUGAAGAGGAGGAGAGUGAAGAGGGUGAGGACGAAGACGAGCUGGAAGUGGGGAAAGGAUAA